GGAAUGAUGAGCAGUGAAGCUACUUCGUACGAACAGUUCAGCGACCUGCCGAUCUAGGUAGUGUACUCCGUACAUCCGCAGCUCUGACCUUUUUGCCUUUCUCUGGUACUUUACCAUCUCUGCAGCUAAGAGACCUCCAAUGGAUGCCAUAUCGACAUACUGCUUCGGAAACCUGAGCUGGCUUAGCCUUCAGGCAUUGCCACUGAUCUUGUGGCCGGGUUUUAUAAGCUCUCUCUUACGAGAUGAGUACUCUUCUGCUAGCUCACUCGAGAACUAUUUCGCUCGUUCCCUAGGCUUUGCCAUUCUCGCAUUAGGUCUGGUAGUGGUCAUACUCUCGGGCAGCCUGCCGCUCACAGGGAACGGGGCGACUACAGAGGAUAGGUCUACUCACUCGGCCUACGCGGACGCAACGAUCCUGGUGUCGACCCUCUAUCACGCCUCGGCGGCCUUCUACUGCUACGGCCGCUUCCACUGGACUGGCCAGACCGCCUACACCGCGGGCUGCCUCGGCAGUGCAGUCAUGGCCAGCUUCGGGCUCUGGUGUAUUAUGUUCGCAGGUGAUAAAAGUCGGGUCAACAAGCGGACGGGGUUCGACAAGAAUACGAGCGGGUUCCCUUUUAAGAAUAGCGAGUCGUAUCGCACGAAGAAGAAGGGCAUCUGAAAUAUGGGCUCUGUUGGGUCUCCAUCCUGGCCGUUAGGAACAGGCCGGUCCCGUUACAUGGCCUCACAAGAGAGGCUCGGCAAACUAGUCCGGCAUGAGAACAGCUACGAGGAAGAGGAAAGGAAGGAGUGGGAGAAGCCGAGGAGCUGAGGAGGGUGGAGUCAUUCCUUGAAGGUGAACAGUGUGAACAUGUCGAAAGGGAAGUAAAGGAAGUAUGGCUAUGUACCGAAUGUAUCAAAUGUGGACGCCUAACUCCAGCCCCGUCUGAGUAAUCCUAUUUUACCAAUUCAUACAUAUUACACGGCCCGGUGGUC